AUGGACACCGCCCCAAACGGGACUUGCUACUCAAUCACUGGCCUCGCAUCCCCCUUCAACGAUUACACAUACGUCCCCUGCAACCUCACCGCCAUAGAAAACGGCCAACACUCCGCCUGUUGCGCAUCCGGCGACACCUGCCUAACCAAUGGCCUCUGCAAAUACAACUCACCCACUCCGGUCCGCAACUUCAACACAUACUGGCGCAUCGGCUGCACAGACCCCACAUACCAGGACUCCUCCUGCCCAAAGCAAUGCAAGAACAGAGAGAACGUCGAGCGACAUGUGCACAUCGUGUUCGAAUGCCCGGGAGACGGCCAGUGGUGCUGCGGCACUGGGGCGAAUACCGACUAUGAAAACACCAUGACGGUGAACACCACAUGCUGCAAUAUCCCGGAUCUUGCCUUCCGCGACGAGGUGCGGCAAGCGUACACAACGGCCAAGAGCGACUGGCGCAGCGUCAUCGACAUACGGACGUUCGAAGCGCUGGCUAAGAGCACAGCUAUAGACGCCGCUUCUACUGCAACCGCAUCAUCGACCGAGCAAUCAGUCCGACACACAUCCACCUCAUCACACACUUCGAUACUCCUCGCCACGGCCACAGCCUCUACCUCUCCAUCCCCAUCGCUAUCCACACCUCCUUCCAACCAAAACACCACAGCACUAGGCGUCGGUCUCGGCAUCGGCAUCGCCAUCCUCGUCGCCGUCCUCGCGCUCCUCACGUUCCUCCUCUACCGACACCGCCGCCACCGGAAAACGCAGCACGAACGUAUGGCCGAGCUCGCGGAGACGCAGGAGGACGUGCGGCAUGCGUUUUCGCAUGCGUUUGCGGUGGAGAAGAGCGGGCGGGAAGUCCCAGCAGAGCUAAGCGCGGAGAGGGGCGUGCAUGAGAUGGGGAGGCCGGAUUCGUGGCGGACGGGGGACGAUGGAAAAGGGGACGAAUUCUAUCGGUGA